CAGCCUACCAGCCACCAGAAUACUUCCCACAAUGCGCGCCUCUUUCCUGUUUGCUACCCUCCUCGGGGUUGCGGCCAUGGCUGCCCCCACAACUGACAACACCGAGUCGGUUGAUACCGUUGACAUCGCCGAUGGUUUCAAGAUUAGACGCGGCACUGAAGAGCCUGCCAAGGUCGAUCUGGCCGACGGAUUCAAGAUCCGCCGUGAUGAGGAUGGUGCAGCUACCGUCGACAUUGCCGAUGGCUUCAAGAUCCGUCGCGAGGAUGAUACUACGAAGGUCGACCUCGCUGAUGGCUUCAAAGUCCGUCGCGAGGACGAUUCUGCGCCAAAGGUUGACAUCGCCGAUGGCUUCAAGGUCCGCCGUGAGGAGGAUGCUCCCAAGGUCGAUCUCGCUGACGGUUUCAAAAUCCGUCGCGAGGAGGACUCUGCUGCGAACGUUGACAUUGCCGACGGCUUCAAGAAGGUUCGCCGUGAGGAGGACGGUGCAGCAAAGGUUGACAUUGCGGAUGGCUUUUAAGCUUCGCCGCCAGCUGGAGAUCUCUUGAUUGACGAUAUGGUCUUGAAGGGUUUUGUGUAAUGUUGUCGACGGGGUCCUCUCUUUAUGCUUUGAUGAAUAGUAGUGAUGAAUUAAAGUCUUGUUCCGAAAAUCCUUCCUGUGUAUGAUUGCUCUGUGUCCUUCUAGUGUAGCUGUCUAUGCAGUCGUCAGAUUGGGUCAGAGUGAAGGAUUUUAGACGAUCGGAGCAAAACCAAGACCUAGUCAUUGAUAUCUAGUUAUGUCAAGUCUACCAAAGAAGAUGACA